GGCGAGCCCGCGCACCUGCGCACAGGCUCCGCGAGGUGCGCUCUGCGUGGGGACCCGAAAGGGCCCAUUCGGGGUGCGCGGAGCCGUAUGUCCGCGACGUGGACGGGGGACACGCGCGAAAACAAAAGGGGGGUGUGGGGUCUCCACGACCCUUUGCCGUCCAGAAGGCGCAAGGGGAUUGUGACCGAGACCUGGCCACCCUAGCUCGCCCUACGCAGCCCCUUGGGAAACGGGCCUGGAAUUCCUGUUGGGAGGAGGGUGGGGGAAGGGGAGCCAGCAGGGAUUCCCGAGUUUCUGCCAUCGGCCGGCCUUUGGCCAUCAGCAUGGAGAAUUCGUGCUGUGACCUUACCAGUGGAGGAAAUGACCCCCGAACGCUGGCGUGUACUUCCUUGGUAAGGCUGGCCUCUCUGCGCUCAGAGGUCUGAGCUCUGCCAUGGGGGUAGGGGUGUCUUUACUGCUGCAGUUUUCUCUGACAUCUGGGGGCUACCAGAGUGUGGGCCGAAGCAGGCGCUACAGCCGCAGAAGUAUCCCCAGGAACAUCCCCCGGAGGAGCUGGAAAAAGCCUCAUCUCCAGCUCUACGGUCUGCAGGCAGAGGAAGAACCCAUGCUGGAACGUCGCUGCAGGGGCCCCCUGGCCAUGGGCCCAGCCCAGCCCAGGCUCUCUGGGCCCUCCCAGAAGUUGCCCCCGACCCUGGAGAAGGAGCCCCGCGGGCUGAGGUUACAAGGCACUUCCGUGGCCCAGUCGGGCAGCCAAGCCCCGGGCAGGGCCCAUCGCUGUGCCCACUGUCGAAGGCACUUCCCCGGCUGGGUGGCCCUGUGGCUUCAUGCCCGACACUGCCAGGCCCGCCUGCCCCUGCCCUGUCCUGAAUGCGGCCGGCGCUUCCGGCACGCCCCCUUCUUGGCGCUGCACUGCCAGGUCCAUGCCGCCGCCACCCCAGAUCUGGGCUUCGCCUGCCACCUCUGCAGGCAGAGCUUCCGAGGUUGGGUGGCCCUGGUUCUGCAUCUGCGAGCCCACUCGGCCGCAAAGCGGCCCAUCGCCUGCCCUGAAUGUGAGAGACGCUUCUGGCGACAAAAGCAGCUUCGAGCUCACGCGCGGAGGUGCCACCCCCCAGCCCCGGAGGCCCGGCCCUUCAUAUGUGGCAACUGUGGCCGCAGCUUUGCCCAGUGGGACCAGCUAGUUGCUCACAAGCGGGUUCACGUAGCCGAGGCCCUGGAGGAGGCAGCAGCCAAGGCUCUGGGGCCCCGGCCUAGGGGCCGCCCGGCCGUGACCGCCCCCCGGCCCGGUGGAGACGCGGUCGACCGCCCCUUCCAGUGUGCCUGCUGCGGCAAGCGCUUUCGGCACAAGCCCAACUUGAUCGCCCACCGCCGCGUGCACACGGGCGAGCGGCCCCACCAGUGCCCCGAAUGCGGGAAGCGCUUCACCAAUAAGCCCUACCUGACCUCACACCGGCGCAUCCACACUGGCGAGAAGCCCUACCCGUGCACGGAGUGCGGGCGCCGCUUCCGCCACAAACCCAACCUGCUGUCUCACAGCAAGAUCCACAAGCGGUCCGAAGGGUCCGCGCCGGGCGUCCCCGGCGCGGGGAGCCCCCAGCUUCCGGCCGGCCCGCAGGAGGCCUCGUCGGAGCCCCCCCCCGCCGAGGCCCCGCUGAAACCCGCCCUUGAGCCUGCGCCCGAGGCCCCGGGAGCGCCCCCGCGGGCCCCGGCGGCCGCGACCCCCUCGCUCUUCGGCUGCGAAGACUGUGGCCGCAGCUUCCGGCUGGAGCGCUUCCUGCGGGCCCACCAGCGGCAGCACACCGGGGAGCGGCCCUUCUCCUGCGCCGAGUGCGGGAAGAACUUCGGCAAGAAGACGCACCUGGUGGCGCACUCCCGGGUGCACUCGGGCGAGCGGCCCUUCGCCUGCGAGGAGUGCGGGCGCCGCUUCUCCCAGGGCAGCCACCUGGCCGCCCACCGGCGCGACCAUGCCCCCGAGCGGCCCUUCGUCUGCCCGGACUGCGGCAAGGCUUUCCGCCACAAGCCCUACCUGGCGGCCCACCGGCGCAUCCACACCGGCGAGAAGCCCUACGUGUGCCCGGACUGCGGCAAAGCCUUCAGCCAGAAGUCCAACCUGGUGUCCCAUCGGCGCAUCCACACGGGCGAGCGCCCCUACGCCUGCCCCGACUGCGACCGGAGCUUCAGCCAGAAGUCCAAUCUCAUCACCCACCGCAAGAGCCACAUCCGGGACGGCGCCUUCUGCUGCGCCAUCUGCGGCCAGACCUUUGACGACGAGGAGAAGCUCCUGGCCCAUCAGAAGAAGCAUGAUGUGUGAGAGGGCAGGGGCUGCGGAGGCUGAGGGCGAGGGGUCCCCGGGAGCCCUUCACAGGGGAGCGUUGCCGUGGGCCUGGGCCGUCGGGGGGCCCCUAGGUUGCUGCUGGUGUAGGCGAGGGGUGGGAGAGGCAGCCAGUGAGCUGGGGGCCCUGUUAGAGAGGGAGGUCUGGCCCCCCUGCGGCCGGGGAGGCCACUGUCGGGGGCACAGGGACCCUGGCCUCCAGCUGGUGUUUGCUAAGGUUCUGUCCUGACUGUCCUGUGCCCUGGAAAAGUAGCAAUAGCAGCUCCACUUACCCCUUAGAGCCCUCUGGCUGGAGGGGCCACCAGGGGGCAGGAAGAAGACCCUUCCCCUCUGGCCCUCUGGUGUUAACGCCUUAAUGUCCUUGUCCUUUAUUAUGAAUUCCUUCCGCUGGUUUUUUUUUUUUUUUUGGAAGUAGGUGUGGUACAGUCCUUAGUAAAUGAGCACUUGGGAGGAAAAGUGGACCAGCUGGAUACACCUGGGAGAACCUGCUGGCCUUGUUAGGCAGCACCUGGGCCUUUUCCAGCACUGAGAGGUGAGGCCGUGCUGCUGUAACCUGUCCCACCCUGUCCCCUUCCUCCUGCCCCUGCAUAGGCACCUGGACUGAGAGAGACCCAUCUGCUGUUAGCACUCAGCUCCACCCUAUCCCUCCCCACCGUCAACACCCCGCCCUCCCGGCGCUCUGAGCGUCCCCUGGCUGUCAGCAGCCCUGUGUCCAGGCUUUUGUCUGAACACCCCAACCCUCCACUCCUUCCAGAACUCAACAUGGUGGAAAGGACUGCCCCACUGAUAAUGGAGGGUCAGCCGGCAGGAAGAUAGGGGCGAGGUUCCUUUUCAGCCUUUCUAGGGCAUGGAUGCCCAGUCUCGGCUUGAACACUUAGGUGACGGGUAGUCCCCACCUCCUGAGGCCCUGGUCCUAUUGUAGGAUAAUUCUAAUUGUUAGAAAUUCUUCCUUAGAAUGAAUGGAAUCUGCUUUCCUGUAAUUUCUACCUACCGGGGCUCCUUCUGUUCUCUGGAAUGAAACGGAACAACCGCUUACCCUCCUUUUCAAACUAGAGAAUAAAGAUUUGGUUUUAGA